AACUUUGAACUUAGAAUGGCAGUGACGCCUCUGAUUGCGACUCGUAAACCCACGUCGCUAUCAGUUCGGUAACAACCUUAGUGGCAUUCGGACGGUGAAACAUACAGACUGAACCGCUCCGUAAUGAUCGUAAUAUAAAAAAAAAGAAUACAAGUUUCCGAUCGUAGCUGUAGUUUCAACAAAAUGAAUUUUAUCAUUUUAAUAAUGAUCGGCAUCGCAUAUAGCUUAAUUAAAACGGACGCAACAAAAAUAUCAACAUCAGCAACGUCGAUAAAGCUACCAGACACGAUGGAGUCACAGGGAAACGUGAGCUUGUAUUCAAAGUGGACCAAAUGGUCGAAAUGUGAUAACUGUUGGCAAAACAGAGUGAAAACGUGCAUCAGUCCGAAAUGCAGGGAAUCGCGAAUGACCGAAGAAAGGCCUUGCGACAGGAAACGUUGCCUGCGACAAAAGCACAUGAAAAAUGUACAAAAAAGACUGCAUAUCUUUAAGGAAAUCAAAAAGCCAAAAACGAAAACUACAGAACCAAGUAUUUGGAGCAAAUGGUCGAAUUGGAGUCCAUGCAAUGAACAGUGUUUAACAGAGAGGUACAAGAGUUGCAAAAAACCGGGCCGGUGCAAAAUGAAGCAGAAGACCGAAGUGGCGUAUUGCUAUUUGGAAAAUUCCAAUUGCAAAUUCUUCAUAAAUCAAUUGCUGUACGGGCUGAAUUACAACGGGCGAUACGAAGAAAUUAGUCCGCUUCGUACGACCACGGAAAAGCCGAGAAAGACAAGGAAGAGGAAGCCUUUGGUGAAGCGCUGCGGACGUGUGCAUAGAAAACAGAAUAUGCUGAAAAUAAUAGGAGGAAGAGAUGCAAUUAGAGAUAAGUGGCCGUGGCAUGUGGCAAUCUUUAAUAAAUUCGAUGAGAUGAUUUGUUCUGGAACAUUGGUAGCUCCACGUUGGGUUCUAACAGCAAAUCAUUGCUUGCGACCGAUACUGAUUGUUAAAAUCAAUGAGUAUGACUUGGAUAGACCCGAUUACGGAGAGAAGCAGUUUUACGUGGUGAAGAAAUUUCCACAUCCAAAAUAUGAUAAGCAGAAGGUGCACAAUGAUAUAGCUUUAUUAAAAUUACCAAAGGCAGUGAACCUGCCAGCAGCUUGCCUUCCGACAAGAGAACCUAUCUAUGAAGAGCAAUGUUCGAUAAUGGGCUGGGGAAAGCUGAAAGACACCGAUGAAAAUGGCUCGAAUAUUCUUCAGGAAGCUAAAAUACCUAUAGUGAAUUCCACGACGUGUACACGAGCGUACCAGCAUUUUAGUAUAACACCGAGAAUGCUAUGCGCUGGAUAUCCGCAUGGAAGAAUUGAUACGUGCGGUGGUGACAGUGGAAGUGGUCUAAUGUGUUCUUACAAAUAUCGCGGGUAUACGGUGCAGGGUAUAACUAGCUUUGGAGAAGGAUGUGGUCUACCAAACAAAUACGGUAUUUAUACAAAUGUGUACAAAUACGUCGACUGGAUUCAACAAACUAUUAAGUCUAACAGAAAAGCUAACAAAUUGGUGUGAAUAAUCGUAUUCAAAAAAACCACAAAUUAUAAUUUAUUAUCCUAUAUUUUACAUAGUUUAUUACCAAAUACAAUAAUUUA